GAUGGCGUCUGGUCGGGUGUCAAUGAAUCCAGUGGCAGCCAUAACAAACCCAGCUUAGUAACGACUUUAAAUUCCAAAUUUGGUCAGCUAGGAUCAAAAUUUAUGUAAAUCUACAGACCCAAACAAUUUUAUUUGAGUCAUUUUACCUUUUUUUCAUCAUUCAACCUUAGAAUGUCGGCCAUGUCUUCGGUGUCCAACGUAGAGAACCUGUCACCCCAAACUAUACGGAGGGUUUGGAAAGAAAUCACAAGUCUGGUGAAAGAGCCCCCAGAAGGCAUUAAAGUUUUCAUGAACGAGGAAGAUAUUACAGACAUUCAUGCUAAUAUUGAAGGGCCAGCUGGAACUCCCUAUGCUGGUGGCGUUUUCAAAGUAAAACUAACCCUUGGAAAAGAUUUCCCCUCCAGUCCACCAAAAGCAUUCUUUCUCACAAAAAUUUUCCAUCCUAAUGUGGCACCAAGUGGAGAAAUCUGCGUCAACACCUUGAAGAAAGACUGGAAUCCUGACCUUGGCAUUCAACACAUUUUGCUGACCGUGAAAUGCCUCUUAAUUGUACCCAAUGCUGAAUCUGCCCUCAACGAGGAAGCCGGAAAGUUGCUUCUUGAGCAGUAUGAUGACUAUUUUAAGAGGGCCAGGAUGAUUACUGAUAUUCAUGCUCAGAACUCAAACCCUCUGAAGGAUUCGUCAGAGUCUUCGGAAGGUCCACUUGCUAAGAAGCAUGCUGCAGACAAAAAGCUCUCCGCUGACAAGAAGAAGCUCCUCAAAGACAAGAAAAGAACUCUGAAAAGACUAUGACCAGCAAACAAGUUAUUUGCCAAUCUUCACCAACCUUUAGCUGUUUAAAGACUCAUCAAAAGUAGUGAACUUCACCUCAUUAUCAUAUGAGUUCGAUCUGUAAUUUUUUUUAUACUUUUCAUGAUCUUUGGUUUUGCCCUGAUAAACCUGUGUUUUGGUUUGCGUGAAGAGAUAUAUAUUUUAUCAAAGGAUAUCGUGAUUGUAGUCCUCUUACCAGUAGAUUCAAAUUACCCGUGAAUUUUUUUUUCAACUGCAGUAAAACAAUGCAACAGCAGUGAUGUGAUUGACUGUUUAUUUAGUGUUUAAUGUACGACCAUUAAGCCAUGGAACAGACCGUUUUCAGGAAAUGUCAAUAUAAUGGGAAAUCGAACGUGCAUUAUUAGGGUAAUUUAAAUUGAUUGAGAUUUAUUAUUUCCACAGAUAUCUGUUUAUUUGUCAAGCACAUUAAUCAGCAUUUAUGUGACCAUGUAUGGACAAUUUGAUCAACGAUCUUACGAUUAGUCGCUUAAAUUUCCCAUCUGUGCGAUUGUAUUCAUCAUAGUUCGGCUUGAGCUGGUCAUUGCCAAUUGUACUUUAUUCACUAACCCGACUUUGACCAAUACAAAAGGUAUUAUAAUUGAAAUUAAUUUUUUUUUCUAAAUAUGCAGUUUUGAUGAACUUAUGAGAAAGGAGCAUUGCAAAUUCUAUGUCGGAACUUUUGAAACUCACGAAUUAACCAUCACGCGCAUAUUUAUUUGAGAAAUUGGUUGUUUGUAUGAGUAAAAAAAUAAAGCGUCAGUGUGAACAAA